UAAGGGCGGCCCGGUCGGUCAGACUACAACACUUCGCACAGUCUCCCGCCUCACUUUACGCACAUCUCGUCACAUGAAUGACUUUGUGGCCAGAGUUACGCGCAAUGUUUAGCAUCUCGCUCAGCGGUGAGGAGAAGGAGACUCGUAACUCGGCGGGGUUGUCCUCAGGUAUGUGUUGUUCCCCGCGCUCACCUGGAUCCACGGGAGACAUGCAGAGGCGACAGAUGCCGGACAGUUUUCGCUGCUUUUUAUGAUAGUCUGCCCGCGGUGCCUUUCCCGUGAUGGGGGGACGCGCACGGAGCUGCGGCGCCGUGAUCCUGCUCGCCAUCGUUUGCUCCUGCCGGGGCGUCACGCUGGAGUCGAUCCACUGGAGCAGCUCCAACUCAAAAUUCACUCCUGGUCAGGGUUUGGUGCUCUACCCUCAGAUAGGGGACAAGAUGGACAUCGUGUGCCCCCGGGCUGACCCCUCCUCAGGGAGGACAGAGGAGUUCUACAAAGUCUACCUGGUGACCAAAAGUCAGAUGGAGAGCUGCGGCGUGGCCAAGACUGACACGCCCUUGCUGAACUGUGACAAGCCUGACCAGGACGUCAAGUUCACGUUCAAGUUUCAGGAGUUCAGCCCAAACCUCUGGGGCCUGGAGUUCCUCAAGGGGAAGGACUAUUACAUCACCUCCACCUCCACAGGAUCUCUGAGAGGGCUGGAUAAUACCAAAGGAGGGGUGUGCAGGACCAAAUCCAUGAAACUGGUGCUGAGAGUCAGCCAGAACUCCUCUGAUUCACUUUUAACGCUUCAGGAGUCACCAACCAGGUUCCCACCUGCACCACCAAAGACCAAGACCAAGGAUGUCUUCUCAAAAGAUGUGGGUUCUGAAGCCGGACAGACUGACGCGUCUGGGCCAGGACUCAUUGUGUGGGUCAUUUCCUGCAGCUUGAGCCUCCUGCUGGUCAUUGUAGUUGUUUCAGUGGUGCUGUGGAGGUACUAUCAACGUCGCCGUGUUCCUGACCGCCAGCGGCAGCAGCAGCACCAGCCGCCUGCCUCCGUAUCCCUCAGCACUUUGGCUGUGCCAAAGCGGGACAGCUUUAGCAGCGACAAUGACGGCUCAGACCGCAGCGAGGUUGUCUUCCCUCUGCGGCCUUCCGAAAGUGUGAUCUGCCGUCACUACGAGCGUGUGAGUGGCGAAUAUGGCCCUCCUGUGUAUAUAGUUCAGGAGAUAAUGCCUCAGAGCCCCACCAACGUCUACUACAAAGUCUAAUAAGCUCCUCUAAUGACUUCUUCUGAAAUACAACACUACUCCAGCUGUCAAGUUUAAGCUAAUGUGAGUCGUGUGUGUUAAAAGCUGGAUUGCACUGUUUUUAUGGCCUGCAGAGACACCUGUCUUUUUGCUUAGCAACACUGGAACAAAUGCACAAAAUACUGUGGAAGGAUUUGAGACAAUCUCUGCGGAAAACAGGCUCUUAGCAUGUCAUUCAGUAGAUGUAGUCCCUUAGAUAUGGUUAACAGAGUAAACAGCUUUAUUUAUUAUAAUAUGUUUUUUUUUUCUGUCACCAUCUGUGGCAGGUUUAACUGUGUUUUAUUUAACUUAUUGAUACAUUUAUAACUUAUUGACAGAAGAAUAUUGCACUCAAACAUGCUACUUUUAUUUUUUUUUUCAAAAAACAUUUUGUGUAAACCUGUCUGAAAAGCUGUGAAGUGAACAAUAAUCUUUAAUAAAGUAAAUUAGAAAUCAGUCUUUAAAUUAAUAAUUAAGUUUGUAAAUUUUACAGCUCUGCCUUCUGUCUGUGUAAACACAUGAUAAAGAUAAGAUGAAAACAUGAAUCAGAGCAGAACUUGCAGGACAUUCCUUUUCUGGUGCUCACAAAAUUAACAAGAUGCUUAGAUUAUGACUGUUAUAUGCAACAACGUGUUACCCAUGACAACAACUCAUCCAUAGUUUUGGAGGUCAAUAAUAUUUAUAUUCAGAGUUAAAGUCCCGGCACUGCUUUUAAAAGAACUUUGUGGUUUUUGUUUAAGAAAACGUGUUUUCCUUAUAGAUUAAACCUAAGAGGCCAGACUUUCUAAUAAUCUCUCAAAGUGGCCACAAAGUUAUUGGCAGUUUUUGGAGGUCUUUUUAACUUCCUUAGGGUACUUGUUUAGUUCAGUUCAGUCCAGAUCAAGUCAGUCCUUUUACCAUCACAACAUGCUAUAGAGUGCACAAAAGAAGAUACACCAGAUGUAAAAAGAAACAAAAGAACAAGAAAUCCAUAAUUCCUCAGUUGGUCUAUUUUCAACAGUGCUUCAGGAAAUCACGUUGUUGACACUAAAAACUGUUUUUUUUUCAGUCAAAUUGUUUUGUCUUUAGCACUUUUCAGUCUAUUGGGACAGGAAAAAAAUGUUCUUCUGAAAGAUUACUGUUUACACAAUGUCUAAAUGUGUCUAAAUGUUGUUGUCAAAUUGUAUGAGGUUUCAGGAAAGUUAAACUCAGCGCUAAAUCCUUUAAAUUAAAAGCCUUUUUAAAGUUGA